AUGUCGAACGAAAAUUUCACGGAUUAUGAGAUACCGUAUUACAUAAAGACCACGUCAAUGACAUUUUGCAUAGUGAUAAUGUGUUUGGGUGUGAUCGGAAAUGUGAUGGUACCUAUAGUGAUUCUGAAGACGAAGGAUAUGAGGAACUCGACGAAUAUAUUUCUAGUGAACUUAAGUAUUGCGGACUUGAUGGUGUUGCUUGUGUGUACGCCGACUGUGCUUGUUGAGGUGAACUCGAAACCUGAAACCUGGGUGCUCGGGAAGGAGUUAUGUCUAGCAGUACCCUUCGUGGAGCUGACAGUGACCCAUGCAUCAGUUCUUACCAUCCUCGCGAUCAGCUUUGAGCGGUACUACGCGAUCUGCGAACCUCUGCGAGCUGGUUACGUCUGCACUAAGACUAGGGCAACACUAAUCUGCGCUCUCGUCUGGUUCUUCGCGGCACUAUUUACCAGUCCAAUCCUGGCGAUAGCUGAGCACCACACUGUCACCCGCCACGACGGCUCCACGUACGCUCAAUGCCUCACACAAGCUGUCACCUUCUGGCAAAUCACAUUCUUCAUCGCCAUCAUAAUCCUCCUCUACGUACUACCUCUAAUCAUCCUCAUAGUAUUAUACAGCGUUAUAGCCAAAAAUUUAAUCACAGCAGCCUCCAAAGUUGUUAUGAACAAAACUGUUGAUCCUUACAACACGAGGGCUAGAAAGCAAGUUAUCUUGAUGCUCGGUACCGUUGUGUUGUGUUUCUUUCUAUGUCUGAUGCCGUACAGAGCUCUCACCCUAUGGAUAAUAAUAACCCCAGCAGAGUUCUACGAUGACGUGAGUCCUGAGAAGUGGUACAACAUACUAUACUUCGCCAGGGUCAUGCUUUACAUAAACUCAGCAAUCAAUCCAAUCCUCUACAACUUAAUGUCUUCGAAAUUCCGCAUUGGAUUCUGCAAGGUCUGUAUAUGUUAUAAGAGAAAGUUAGAGGACAAGACAAGAAGAGCUCAGAGGACAAUCACGAACGGGUCUACAACGAGCAGUAGCCUGACUCGAACUACAAACAGUUUAAAGAAACUAUUCAGCCAAAGAAGCAGUAUUGAUCGAACUGACACCGAAUCAGAAAGCAAAGAAGAAGUAGAAAAAGGAGUGUUCGACAGAAUAUUUACAAACAAAACAUUUGUGAGACAGCAAUCGGCACCAGUUUGUUCAAGUACAAAGCCGGUGAUAAACAGAAUGAGGAGUGAAGGGAAUAUAGAGAUAUCUGAAGUAGUUGACGUAGAACAUAAAAUUGAUCGGGAAGAUGGUAGGGGAUGUGACGCAGGCAAGUUUAUUGGUCAUUCCAAUAUUAAAAAUAUUAGGUCAGAUAUUGAUACAGAUUCGAAUCGAAGCCAGUCUUUGAGGCGCAGUGUUUUAAUAAAGAGUGCCAAAGCUAGAAGCAUGGAUUGUGAAAAGAAAUCUGUGUCGUACCAAAAGAUUACGGUUGAUUGUGUUGUUGCCUUUCAGAAGUCUAAAAGUGUUGACUAUGAGUUCCCAGAAAGUUUUGUAUAG